AUGUCAAGUAGCGAUUCCUCUGACGACAUACCUAAUUCGAUGAAUAAUAAGGAUGCCAUUCAAAAAUUGAGUCAGGAAAUAGCUAAAAUUGAUCGCGAAAACUCUGAUAUGAUGGAGAGAAUUAACGAAUUGGAAAAAGAGGCUGAAUUGAUUAGAUCGAAAAAGGAUUUGCAAACAAAAAAGCUCGAAGAAUCUGGUGGUGUAUCAUCUUUUUUUAUUUUCUUAAUUUUAUUAGCAAUUACAUUUUAUAUUCUUCUCAAAAAGAACUAA